UGUCAGAAACUCAACAGUGGACGACUAUGGUGAACGAGAAGGAUCUGAAGUUGAAGGUGGGCAUUCUCAAGCGGUCGAAGAAGGAUCUGGUCUACUACGAGAAGGAGAAGGCCAAGCAGAUCCUCAAGAUCGAGACCAUGCGCGCGGACAAGGACAAGUACGACGACCACGACAUCCGCAAGCAAGAAGAAGUGCUGGCCGAAACAGAAGCCAUGCUGCCAGAAAGCACAAAUCGCCUUCAUGCGAUCCAACAAGAAGUGGAAAUCUUGUUGCAACAAGUGCCGGAAGGCUCCGAAUGGGUCUGCAUCGAAGAGGCGAAGGAGCUUUUGGUGGCCAAUUAAGCAGCCACCAAGGAUUCUGACAUGAAAAGGAUAUCUAGUUUUAACACUAACGUUACCGCUUUGUGUCACUUCGUCGGAAAGGGGUUUUACAACAAUUGAACGCA